AUGGACGGCGAUGACGAAGGAGCCUGUGACAUGAAUGCUGUGCGGAACAAUUCUCAAGCGAUGCUGAAAAGGUCCUGGGUUCGAGCUCCUACGUCUGAAGAGCCCUCUGAAAAAGUAAGAGGUGCUUCCGCGGAGUGUGAAUCUUUCAAGCAUGAUGUGGCGAAGUUGGAGAACUGGCGGGAUCCGCAGUCGAAGAUCCACAGCGAGACUGCUGGGUUCAUCGUCGGAGUCUUCUCCAUCGGAUGCAUUUGCGUGGCUGAGCUCUUGAAUUCGACUGAGCUCUUGAGUCUGAAUCUCGAGCUUGUCGAACUACAUAGAGAGUCUGAGUCAUACCCUACCUCUGCGUAUCUGCGCCUGGUUUUGGGUUCCAAGUCAUACCCCCCCCCCGUAAUUUGA